GAAGGAAUGAGAGAGAAAGCAAACUUGCUGCAGCUGCACUUUGUUAAAUACACAGGUGUACUUACUGCCAUCAGAAGAGGGACUCAGAUGUUUUGCACAACGUCUCAAAAGAACAUAAAAAAUUGUAAUAAUUAAUGGGGUUUGGCUUGCUAAUUGUCCUCAGCGUCCAGCCUUUGUGCCAUCAAUUCAGUUUGGAGCCCCUGGGGUGUUGUUCUGAGGGUUUUUCUCUUUUUACCACUGUGAUUCAAUUGGGGUAGAUGGCUUCUGCUAGUGGUUGGAUGUAUUGAUCUGCUGCUUAAGGAGUGAAGGAAAUGAGGAGCAGGAGAGCCUGUGCAGAGUCUUCUAAUCUGUCAUCUCAAACCCCCACCCUCCAAGAAUAAGGAAAGUUCGGAAACAUCUGAUGCAUUUGAUGUAGUCACUCAUGCGUUGGUGUAUUCAUAAAAGCCUUGGAGAGCCAUAUAAGGCCUCUUGACUUGAACAGUCAAACAAAAAACCAGUCCUGUAGACUUCACUCUGAAGAAAUUUGUACAACGUACGCACUGAAAGCUCUGGGACUCUGGACGAGUCAGAGUACCCAUCAUUGUCCUCAGCCACCAGCAACUCCUGGAGGUCCCAUGUGUGUAUUUAUUGUGUGUUUUGGCUUGGAGCUGUAUAACUCCAACCUCAAAGUUUGCAGAGCAGCAAGGUUCCAUAUGCAAUCUCUUGUUGUUGAAAGGAGGUUUAUCUCUUUUCAUUUUGCUCUCCCACCGGUGGUUUUUGUUUUGCAUCUGGAUUUCUACUUGUUUGUCCAAGCUUCAAACACAAACAUCUGACCUGCUUUUGGAACUGGUCGUAAUGCUUAAGGAGGAACAGUGUUCACUGUUGCUCUUUGGAUAACUGUACGGAAGGAGAACUCAAGUAACUGAAAUGUAUGCCAGUCUUUGUUUCUUAUCGCCUGCGUGAAGCAAAUAGCAGUUCUGAGCUUCUGCAAGAAGGCCUCGGGAUGCCAGCAGCCAAGCAAAAAGGUCAGGUUCCUGCAGGACCUAUCUAGCAUGUUUGAACCAUAGAGUGGCCUGGGUUGAAAAGGAACACAGUGGUCAUCUUGUUUCAACCCCCUGCUAUGUGCAGGGUUGCCAACCACCAGACCAGGCUGCCCAGAGCCAAGGAAACUGUAUAAAUGCAAACAUGAAAUGCUCCCUGAGGGCAAUAGCUUUUAUUUAUCCCCUCAGUGUGACAGAAAACAAGCAUGAAACCGUCUUCUGCUCUUUGAAGCAUUCCUGCAGCUCUGGGGUGGGUGCACAGGGCCUCCAGGGGAAGGUCCUCUCCUGCUGGGGCAGCACCUGAAGUUGAAGUUUCUGUCCUAAGGCAGAGAAACUGCUCUCAGUGCAUUUGUUCUUAAAUGGAAAAAAGGCCUUAGGUUAGCUUUACGUCAAGGCUCUGUUAUAAUGAAAAGUGGCAAUUUAGGAGGGGAAAAGUCCUAUCUCCUGGGCUGUGAUGUUGUCAGUGCAGCUAUCCACUCCACACUGUUAUUAUCUGAAUCUUAAUUAUUGACGUUGGAAUUUCAAAAAAGCUUUGCUAAAAGGAAGAUAAAGGUGAUAUUUAAACAUUCCCUGCUGCUGAGGUGUGCAAUUGUGAGCAUCCUGUUCUGAUAAGACGCAGUGCCUCAGCAACAGGAGCUCUGCAGACUGUCUCCAUUGCCAUGUUGUACUUAUCUGGAUUUCAGAGGAGAAGAAAAAUAGAAAUAAUCAUCCCUUGGCUUGUGCUGUCGCAUUUGGAAUAGUGUUUCUGAGGCACUCUAGUGGAACAGACGUGUUCUUUAGACAAUAUUUAGUGCAAUUUGUCAAGUUGGUGAAGUAGAGUGGAAUUAAAUGGGCGGUGGAAGAGGGAAUGGAAGGAAGUAAGUUGUUAACUCCUAUCAGCGAUCUGGCAGCACGGCUCUGCUUCCAGGAGCAGCAGUGCUUUGGGAUGGGUCUCUGUUAGCACGGGGGUUUCUGCCACUGCCAGUAAGUGCUGUGCUCUGCGGCAAUGAUUCAGCAUCUACCUGAGCACGACUUGCAGUGACUGCAGGACCUGUGAGUGGAGGCUGUGUUUGCACAGCUCAGCUGGGGAUUUGCUUCCCACAGACGAGUCCAUUCUGUUUGUCUUUGCUUUUGCCUCCAGGAAGCUCUUAUGUGAAGGAGUUUUUGGACAGGAAAAGUUAUAAACUAAAUAAAGAAGGCAAACAAAGGCUGAAGUAAAUGAACUAAGAGUAUUCCUGUUCUGUCAUUUCGAAUGAAGAAUGUCGUGGUUCUACGAAUGUCAUCUUUGAGCGUAAGUUUGUGACUGGGUUUCUGCCUAUCCCAGCUGCUGAUGGAUGCCCCUGGGCUGCCACUCACUGAUGAUGUAUAACAUUGUUGUUUCUGGGCUGUGAGUCACAUCAGGGAAGUGCUUCCUUCUGGAAGGAUCCUGCUUUCGUAUUGUCCUGCUUUGUAACCUGGAUGGUUCCUUGGGCUGGUUUACAGCAAAGAGCAGUGCCAGCACAAGCAGUAGUGUGGUGCGGUGUGGCUGAGGUGGUUAUCUCUUGUUUUCUGUCCAAACUGAAGCUCAUGUGUGUACCCGGGCUAUGAAGCACUUGGUGGUUUAGUGGAUCUAUGGAAUAAAAAUAAAAAAGUAAAAAAGGAGUUGAUGAACCCAGAAAAUGAAUCACAUUGCCUGAACCCCAGUGUGACAUCCAGAAGCACCGUCUUAUUUCCCAGUACUUUUCAAGCCUCCUUUUUCACAUUUGGUCUCGGACAUUUGUUUGUCAUGCUUUUGGUGUUCAUUUACAUGCUGCAUGCUUGUUUUCCCAGUGCUGUGAGCUGGGCUUCCUUUCAGCAUAGCUUGGGAAAGCAGAUCCCCUGUGGCCGUACGCUGCUUUAGAUGGCCGCAUCACAGCUGGUGGUCACGUCUUAAGGAUGCCAUGCAAAGACAAAAGUGGAGGAACUGAACAAUAAGAGUAAUAGCCUUAUUGCCGAGUCAGUGUGGAACAUAUGCUGGGGAGCUGCAUGUCUGUAGGAGCAGGGAUGGCUGUGCAGGAGCUGCCCUUUCCCCGGGCAGUGGUCCGAGGUGCCACCUGUCCUGUCUUUGGAGCACUCAGAGCUGGUGGUGCUCAAUAAGCCAAACCUACACCUUCAGCUACUUGUUUCUCAUUGAUUGCCCUGUUUGAGAGUGUGCUCUUGUGCAGCCCCAUGGGGAUGUUAUCAUGAUCAUAGUGAUCCAUUCUGUUCUCAGACGCUAGCGUUAUUUCUGGACAAAGCUGUUUUCGAGACAUACAUUGCUGCAUAUUGAUGCGGGGCUUAGUCAUCAAGCCUUCCUCCUGUUCAUUUCCUAAAUAACUGCUUAAAACUCUUCGAUAGCAAGUAAAUCUUCUGGUCUGCUUAAAAAAAUAGGGGAAAUGUCCUGCAUCCUCUGUGUCUGCCUCCUGUUGUGAUGUUCAGCAGUCCUCUUUUUCCUCCAGUUGGGGCAAACCCCAAACUUACAAAGUGGAACCCAAAAACGUUUGCCUCAAACACACACCCCUCGUUAGCUGGUAUUUACAUAAAACAUGCUGACACCAGGUUAGGGAGAUUGAGUAGGAUGCUUUCUCAGCUGUUGAAAUUUGCACACGAGAUGGGAGAUGUUUUGAUUAAGAAGGGUUAGCUGAAUAUCUCUGCCAUUUAUUCCCAUGUGUCAGAAUCAAAGCAGUGUUUCUCUGGGCACUUUGCCCACUUCCUUUUCUUUUUUUUUUUUUUUAUUCUUCAUUAGUUCUUAGAUGUUCCAUUUUUUCCUUAAGGUUGGGAUGUAUUUAUACUUUUCUCUUAAUGGAGGCACUUAAUAGCUUAAUGGCAUAAAUGUGUGUAAAAUGCCUUUCAGAUAGGAAUGAAGAUAACAUUGCUGAUUUUAGAUUUCCAUUCCCUUUCAGUAGCAUUUGUAAAUUCAUUCUUUCAUUCAUCAGGAGAAGUAGGGGUGAGCCAGAGACCUGUGAGAGUUAAGAGCAGGAAAACCCAGCUCAUAACCAUGUGGCUGAGAGGCUGGUGCAAUUGCAAGAGUUUGGGUUUGUUUGACCAUGGGGCAGUUUGGCACCUGGCCUGAUGGCUGCUGAUGGGUCUCACCUGUCUCAGAGGGGGAAAUGGAUCCUAGCCCAGGAGCUGGCAGGGCUUGUGGAGAGGGCUUUAAACUGGAUAUGAGGUGGGAAGGGGAUAAAACCAGGCCUGCUAGAGAUGAGCCUAGGGGAAUGAUGAUGGAAUUGGGGUGAGGCAUGAGGCAUUGGCUCAGCUGAAGCGCAUUUACACCAAUGCAUGCAGCAUGGGCAGCAAACAGGAGGAGCUGGAGGCCAUUGUGCAGCAGUCAAACUAUGAAGUAGUUGUCAUCACAGAAAUAUGGUGGGAUCACUCCCACAACUGGAGUGCUGCAGUGGAUGGCUGUGAGCCCUGUGAGAAAGGAUAGGUAAGGAAGGAGAAGUGGUGGUGUGGCUCUCUAUGUUAGAGAGUGUUUUGAUGUUAUUGUGCUUGUGGCUGGGGAUGAGAACAUUGAAUCUCUGUGGGUAAGGAUUGGGGAAGGGCCGACAAGGCAGACAUCCUGUUGGGGGUCUGUUAUAGACUGCCUAACCAGGAUGAGGAGACAGAUGAGGUGUUCUAUGAGCAGCUGGCAGAAGUUGCGCGGUCGCCAGCCCUUGUCCUCAUGGGGGACUUCAACUUCCCUGAUCUACGCCAGAAAUACAGUACAGCACAGAAGAAGCACUUUGGCCACAGCAACCCCAGGCAACUCCACUGCCUUGGAGCAGAGUGGGUGGAAGACAGUGUAGAGGGAACGGGCCUGGGGUCAUUGCUCUGUGCUUGGCUGAACAUGAGCCAGCAGUGUGCCCAGGUGGCCACGAAGGCCCGUGGCAUCCUGGCUUGUGUCAGAAAUAGCGCUGCCAGCCAGAGCAGGGAUGUGAUUUAGUGGGAAAUAUUGGUGAUGGGUGGAUGGUUGGGUCUUGGAGGACUUUUCCAACCUUGGUGAUUCUACUUAAUGGGUAAUGCCUUCCUGCUCUCGGAAUAGCAAAGGAGUGUACCGUUAUCAUAUCUGUUUCAAAUCUGCACGUUCUUCUAACGUGUGAUUGCUAGCAUGAGGUCAUUGCUGUGAUAGCAUAUUAGUGUAUGGUUUGUUUGUUUUGUUUUUGAGCUGUAUUUAAAGAGCCUUCUCUCAAGGGAGAGAACUCCAUCUUUUAAAGUCAGUGCUGAAAUGACUUUUAAGAAGUAUAAAAUAAGAUCCUGUCUCUUUUUUUUUUUUCCCCUUGUACUGGGAAAAACAUUCCCUCUUUCAUUUCUUUAUUUUUAUUUGCUCCAUGUGGAUGCUGAUGCUUCUGGCCACUCAGAAACUGGAGCAAAACCUUUUUUUAGAAACUAGAGCAGAAUUUUCAUAAUAAACCUGAUCUCCUACAGACUGAGAGCCUCUUUAGGGGGAAGUGAGGGAAGGAGGCUGGAAGUAGGGAGGGUUAUAAGCAAUGUAAUUUCCAGGAUCUAUAUUCUGAAAAAGUCUCAGUGGACUUGGUGCUGCUGCUUGGAUUAGGAGGCCCUUUAAUUUGCUUUUAAUUAAAGUGAUUUUCAUUUAUUCUAUGCCUUCUUCAAAAGUCCCAAGGCACCUUACAAACUUGUGAUUAUAUACAGAAAAUGCAAAAUGCAUAUUCAUGCAGUGCUGAGGUUCCACGUUGAAGUGAAGGAUGAAAAUGAGUUUUACCUUCCUGUUUUCUAUUAGUACUUCUAUUAGAACCUCAGUUCCCCUUUAUAGCACAAGCCUUAUAGCACCACAUUUGAUCUCAGAGACCACAGUCCAAAAUGUAAGCAUUGACCUUCUGUUAAGUAUUUUAUCCAAAUUAUGUAUUUAAACAGCUUAAUUUUAGCAGCUUCACUAAGUUGGAGGAAAAAGUCAUGAAAGUACCUUAUGAAAUGAAAUGCAUCUGUUGCAGAGAAUCCCAAACAAAAUGCAAUAAAGCAGUGUAUUAAACUGGGCACUGGCAGAAACGCAAGGCACCCAUGGAAUCCUCAUGGACAGCAGAAGAGCUUGUUGUGGGUUCGUUCAUUGUGUUGGAAGAAGCAAAGGCUGCAAUGGCAGAGAUGGUGGGACUUCUUGUGUUGCUGAGUUCAGACAGCUGUAAAUGAACAUGGUGACAUUUCAUAGUGGAGCUGCGGUUUGCUGGAGGCAGAAGUUUGUGAUGCAUUGCUCAAUACGAUUGUGCACAUUCUCUUAACUGUACGAGGACUUUGAGAUGCAGUAGUUAAAGUGGAAAAAUAGAAUAAAGUCAUUAAAAGCGACGUAGAUGUCUUUAUUAAUAAUAAUGGGUCUUGAAGAACUGAGUCUCCUGCAGUAGAGGAAAACUGGAGGAUGCUGCUGGUUUGUAGAGAGCGAGAAAUUUCACUGCUCAAGUUAGGGUAAGCAAAAUGCCACUUUUAACAUUACGCCGUUGUUUGAGGAUAUUACACCCGAAUUGUGAGCAGCAUAUUUUCUUAUAAAGCGUUUUUUGUUUUCUAAAUGAAUGCCGCAGUGUUCGUUUGUAUGGAGGAGUUAUUCAGGAGGAACUUUCCCAGGAUCUGGCAGAUGAGGAGAGGGCUGCGCUCAGCACUUCCAGGAGGUUUUUCUCUUUUGCUUAAGUUACACCACUGUUCCAAGCUCCCAGAAGCUAUUUGGUGGGUAGCAUUAAGAGUCUGAUGCAAGUGUCCGUUUGCUGUGUAUAGCAGGUACGAUCCUGGACGUGGCAGAGGCACUGCUGGUGGAGGCCACAGUUGCAUGGUGAGGACGGAGUGAUCCCAGUGACCAGAGCACUUUGGCUUCCAGGACUUCCCUUCCUAACAAUCAUCGAAGAAUUCCUUUUAAUUACAUUGCCCAGAUACCAGCACAGCUCCAUGUGAAACACCUCUGUGAAACCAAUCCAGGAUGGAACAACCCUGUCCAUGCCUGCUGCUCUGUGUUAGCUUUCUGUUUGUGCGAGCUUUACCACCAAAUGGAACUGAAUUACCAAUACCCACCAGCACCACAAACUCUACAGAGGAGAACAACUUACACAAGGACCUGCUGACCUCCAUGCUGAUCCUCCUCCUGGUGUUCAUCAUCUUCAUCCUGUUGGCUGGCUAUUUUUUCAGGUUCCGAAGACAUAGGAAGGCUGUGGUGAGCUCUGGCGACAAGAAGAUGCCAAAUGGAAUCUUAGAGGAGCAAGAACAGCAAAGGGUGAUGCUGCUCAGCAGGUCUCCUUCGGGCCCCAAGAAGUAUUUCCCUAUUCCAGUAGAAAAUCUUGAAGAGGAAAUAAGGAUACGAUCAGCAGAUGAAGGGAAACUGUUCCGGGAAGAGUUUAAUUCUUUAACACCUGGAUACGUGCAGGGAACAUUUGAAAUGGCAAAUAAGGAAGAAAACAGGGAGAAGAACAGAUAUCCUAACAUCCUCCCAUAUGAUCAUUCCAGAGUCAUUUUGACCCAAGUAGAUGGAGUCCCACCUUCAGACUACAUUAAUGCAUCGUAUAUAGACGGUUAUAAAGAAAAGAAUAAAUUUAUAGCUGCACAAGGACCCAAGCAAGAAACAGUCAAUGACUUCUGGAGGAUGAUAUGGGAGCAGAAGUCUGCAGUUAUCGUCAUGUUAACAAACUUGAAAGAAAGGAAAGAGGAUAAAUGUUACCAGUACUGGCCUGACCAAGGGUGCUGGACUUAUGGGAACAUCCGUGUGUCAGUGGACGACUGCAUUGUGCUUGUGGACUACACCAUUCGCAAGUUCUGUGUCCAGUCGCUCCACGAUGGCUGUAAGGCGCUGAGGCUCGUGACGCAGCUCCACUUCACCAGCUGGCCUGAUUUCGGGGUGCCUUUCACACCUAUUGGGAUGCUGAAAUUCCUGAAGAAAGUCAAAGCGUUGAAUCCUGCCCUUGCUGGGCCAAUUGUGGUUCACUGCAGCGCUGGUGUGGGCCGAACGGGCACGUUUAUCGUGAUAGAUGCCAUGAUAGACAUGAUGCAUGCUGAGCAGAAAGUGGAUGUUUUUGAGUUUGUUUCAAGAAUACGUAAUCAGCGCCCACAGAUGGUUCAGACUGACAUGCAGUACUCCUUCAUUUAUCAAGCCUUACUUGAAUACUACCUCUAUGGUGACACAGAGCUAGAUGUGUCAUCCUUGGAAAAACAUCUACAAACAUCACACAGUGCAGCACCAAACCUUGUCAAAAUAGGGCUGGAAGAAGAAUUUAAGAAAUUAACGAACGUUCGAAUAAUGAAAGAGAACAUGAGGACUGGCAAUCUUCCAGCAAAUAUGAAGAAAGCUAGAGUCAUCCAGAUUAUCCCGUAUGAUUUUAAUAGAGUGAUUCUGUCGAUGAAAAGAGGGCAGGAGUACACAGACUACAUCAAUGCUUCCUUCAUAGAUGGCUAUCGCCAGAAGGAUUACUUCAUUGCCACGCAAGGACCGCUGCCCCACACCGUGGAGGAUUUCUGGAGGAUGGUGUGGGAGUGGAAGUGCCACACCAUUGUCAUGCUCACAGAGGUGCAGGAGAGGGAGCAGGAGAAGUGCUUCCAGUACUGGCCAUCAGAGGGCUCAGUAACUCACGGAGAGAUAACUGUAGAAAUAAAGAAUGACAGCCUUUUAGAUGCCAUAAGUGUAAGAGACUUCAUAGUUACAUAUAAUCAGGGUAACCAAGAGAAGCAAAGCAGGCUGGUUCGGCAGUUCCACUUCCAUGGGUGGCCAGAAAUCGGCAUUCCUGCGGAAGGAAAAGGGAUGAUUGACCUGAUUGCAGCUGUCCAAAAGCAGCAGCAGCAGACGGGGAAUCACCCGAUCACAGUGCACUGCAGUGCCGGUGCUGGAAGGACAGGUACAUUCAUUGCACUCAGCAAUAUUCUGGAGCGAGUGAAGGCUGAGGGGCUCUUAGAUGUAUUUCAAGCUGUGAAGAGCUUAAGACUGCAGAGGCCACAUAUGGUGCAAACACUGGAGCAGUAUGAAUUCUGCUACAGAGUGGUACAAGACUUCAUCGACAUAUUUUCCGAUUAUGCUAAUUUUAAAUGAAAAACUUCUGCCUUAUUUUUUAAUUUGUCUGUAUAAAUAGUUGUAUAUGAUAUUAAUUUAUUCCACGUCGUUUUGUUUGUUGACUUUUGACUGUAAAUAGGACCUGUGUUUGCUCUAAAAGUUGCAUUUGCUGUACAAAAUUAUUUCGGAAAUAUAAAUAUCUUCUAAAGCAAAGUCUAAUGUUCAUAUAGAGUAUAUCACUAUGAGAUGGUAGAGAAAUCUUUAUUCUAAAUAACAGUAAAAUAAUUCUUGAAGAUUUAUUUCUUUGAUUAUUUCUUUUUCCACUUACAGAUAAUUAUCAGCAGUGCCAUUGCCCUGCGAUGGUUCAUGCAUCUUUACAUUUACGUUUCAUACUAAAAUAGCGAGCUGUGGUACAUCUGUUUAGAGGAAACAUGUUUUGGCCAUAAACCUUCCUUCACAGAAGCCAAUAGCAAAUGGAAAGAGAUGUUUAUUUGGGGCCGUGUUGUGAUAACCUGCUGCUGCUUACUUGGAAUUGAUUUCAUGGCCUCAGUGAAAGGCACAGGAACUGUUCCAGGUAUCAGAAUACGGCCCUUCGUGUGUAAUAGUAAUGUCUGAAAAUACCAUUGCUUUUAAAGGCUGUUUGUAAGAACCUCCCCGUGGAUGGCAGCUCUGGUUUGAGUUCUACUGUCAAUAGGAUACAACCGUUAGAAAUGCAGGUUGGAAUUUCUGAUUUAAUUAAUGUGACUUUCCAAGUUCAUUUAUUUUGUUCUUUCCUAAAUAUUAUACCAGCUUGAAUCAGUCUAGAAGUACAAUAAUGUCAGUUGGUCACUAUUGGACAAUAUUUUGCAUAUCAGGAGAGUAUAUUUUGCAUUUGUCUAAACCAAUAGGCGUUACAGCCCUUGUUGGCCAUGGAUAUAGAGCUUCACUGUAUACGUGUGCAUAAUUUGCAGCUACUGUGAGAAAAGGCAGAGGACAGUAAUGAAGAUGAACUCUCUUCGAUUCAACAAGAAUCGAAGUUAAAGGACUGGGAAGCAACAAAAGAACAGCGUAGCAUGAGCAACAGGAAGAAAACUCCUUUAUGUUCUUACCUUCCCAUAUGUAUUAUCAGCAAAAGAGUGCUUUCUUUAUCUAAAAGGGGGAUUAUAGGAUUGUGUAUAUAGAUGUAUUUUUAAUGAAAGUACUACUGAUAAUAUAAUUGGGGAAAUAUGUUUUAGAAGUGUUUAUUAUAUCCCUGAACAGGAUGUGCCUGGGGGUAAGGAAGUCCAUAACUUGCAGGAUGUUUGAAUGUUGAACAAAUGAGAAGUCUGUAUUUUCCACUCUUUAGAACACGUGUAGGAAUUAAUGAGCACAAAAUAGGUGAAUAUACACUUCGGUUACCUAACUAAUAUGCAAUAGUCCUGUCUUGUCCAGUUGGCUGGGUUUUAUCAAUGCAAACAUAAAAGCCUUACUUAAUAUUAAGCAGCUGAAAUGGAUCCUUUCACCACUCCUGUGAGCAUUUCUCCCAGCUGCAAACAAGGAGCGUCACGCAUUGCAGUGCUGCAAGGAGACGGGAGCACCUUCUGCCUCUCCUCACUUUCAUACUGAGUGGAAAAGGUGUGGUUAAGAACUUGGAAGCACCCUGCUCUGAACACUGCCAUUUCCUGCUUCUUGUCUUCCCACUGAUGCAAUUCUGUAUUUAUUUGCACAGUAAAUCAUGCAAUUAUGCACUUAAAGAGAUUGUUUAAAGAGAAAGCAUUUGCUGUGACGUGCUGUUAGGAGAUGUACUCAGAACACAGAGUGUUGAUGAGGAGAAUGCAAAGUUUACAUUACUACUGCAUGCUGAAAUUGUAUCAGAUUUCAAGUAGUCACUGAAUAAAUUUGGUCUGAGACAGUGGGGUUUUCAACAUGGAGUCAGGUUAAAUGAUCAUAGAAUGGCCUGGGUUGAAAAGGACCACAAUGCUCAUCCAGUUCCAACCCCCUGCUAUGUGCAGGGUCGCCAACCAGCAGACCAGGCUGCCCAGAGCCACAUCCAGCCUGGCCUUGAGUGUCUCUAGGCAUUCACUGAUGAUAGAACAUAAUGCCUGGAAGUGUUUGCUGCUCUCCAAAGAGGUGUCUCUUAUGGUCCCGUUUGUCCCCAGGAGCGCCACAAACAUUUAGGCUGUGGGUGACAAACGGGUGUCUGUUGGAGCAAGGAGCAGGACGGAGCUCAGCUGAGCCAUCAGCUGUGCAGUGGGUACUCGGAUUGUAGUUGCUAACUGUAUUAUCUGUGAGGAAACAGGAAGAAGAACCACAACAAUAAUAUAGUUCAGAAGUCACAAAUAGAGCUCUGUAGUGAUUUUUAUGUUUAUUUUUUUAACCAUUUGCAAAGCUUGCUUUCCAGUUCUUGUGAUGAGGUAACGGAGAGGCUGCCUGUUGCAGCAGCCCUGGAGCUGGGGAGCUGUGGCUCAACAUGGGUAUACCUGAAUUUUGUUUGAAAUUUUCCUAUGUUGCAUGGAAUGACUUUGAAACACCAAAUAGUUGAUUAGAAGCCGUACAUUCUGAUCUGUACGUGGUUUUGGUCACUGUGUGACUUGACUGACCGUUCUCAUGUGUUAAGAUAGGUUCCAGUUCACCUGAGCAUUUAAGCAUUUGCUUGACGACAUCUCUUCCACAAGACACACCGUACCAUUGGCUCUUUGUUCCUGGAGCAACCCCUUAAGUGCUUUGCUGAAUUGGGCCUUAAUGAAGAAUGCUUACUGUAAUUACCGGUGUUUUUUAGGGUAUUUUUACGUAUCAGGUUUUUAAACUUUUCAAACCAGCCUGACCACCUGUGUUCAACCUUUUGAGACGUUUUCGUUUCCCUGUACCAUUUCUAGCGUAAAGCUAUUGAAACCUUUCUGUAUAACCAAAGUGUAUUUAAUUUGUCAGAUCUUUAUAAUAUAUGUAUGUAUUAUACAGUUUCAGCUAUUAUUAUUUUCUUUUAUUACAUUUAUAAUUUGAUCUUGCUGUGUUUUUAAUGCUGGUGAAUGUUGCUGAAUUAUUUGUAUAUGCAAAUUGCAAGAUCUAAUACAUUCUGAUGCAAGAACAAAGCUUUGUUUUUAUUCUCAAA